AAUCAUUGGCGAAUCUUGCAACUGUGUCCAAGUAAAACAUUUAUAUAUUUCUCUCUACUUUAUCACUCAUUGAAUUAAGCCUCAAGAAUCAGAUACUCCAAGUGAUGAGAAAAGUCAGUGUAGCUUUUCACUUACUUUUCCUUUUUUUUUGUUUUUUUUCUUCUGUUCCAGACCAUGCUUCCCACCCAUCCCAUUCAACAAUAUUUGGAUUUCCAUUGAACUCAAUGAUCCAUAUUUGAGCCAACAUGUCGAAAUUUGACUUUUUCAUUGGUGUUGAAAGGUGUCUUUUCCCAUUUGUUUCAAUGCAAAUGGUAAACCAAAGACGCACUAAGUUGAACCAUAUCUUGUGUUUGCAGCCCAACCCAAAAUUCCUUACAUCCGUCAUAUCCAGAUAUAUCGGAAUCCUUUAUCAUCUAGCUAUCGGGAAGGAAAUUAUGAAUAUUAUAGUCGGAGAUAAUUCAUAGCUUUAAAGAGAAUAGUGAAGGAAGCAACUGAAUGUUUUUGUAGCAAGGCUAUAUUUUUGUUUGUUGAAAUUGAAUGUAGUGGGAACUUUGAUUUGAUUCUUUCCUAAGUAUAUGGUGGAUAUGAAAAUGAGAGGAAUUUAGUUUGAAAAAAAUUAUGUACUCAGUAGUCGUAGUCAUGUUCUUUAUUUCUUCCUGUUCAACCUCACACACCUUUGGAGGUUUUUGCCUCUGAUAUCUUCUUCCAGAAUUAAAAUUAUAUGCUUUUUAGGAGGUUUUGUCUAACCGUUUUCCUUCAGCAAAUCAAAUAUCAAGAAAAUAACAGGAGAACAACUCUUCUGCAAAAGAUUGAGAAAAAAAGAUUGAGAGAUUGAAGAGAAGAGGCGCAUGAAGAUGAAUGUGAACAGAGGAGGUGCACAAAUUAUGUAUAUGAAGGAGAACCUACAAUGUCCCGGUUGGCUAUUCAAGGCUUAAUCAUUAGCGAAUCUUACAACUGCGUCCAAGAUAGGAGUUAGAUAUUAAAUUAAGCAGCAAGAACCAGAUGCUCCAAGUGUUCUAUUUCUUUGGAUGAGAAAAAUCAAAUAUCAAGAAAAUACAAGGAGAAGCAUACAUUAGUAUAGUAGCAGGUAGUUUCAACUUUCACCCAGUUUAAAGGAAAGGAGAAACAUGCAUCGACAAAAUAUUUCUACCUGAAUUUCGCACCAUCUGUUGUAGCUCUAAAUAUUUGCCAUUAUCUAAGAAAAAGGAAACCAAAACAAUAUAUAGCUUUUUAACAAAGGGUAAAGGAAGAACAAUUUGUGGACUGCUCAAUCAAAACAUGAAAGUAACAGUAGCUGCACGUCGACUAGGCAACAUGGUUUCCAACAAAAGGAUAUUGGAGAGUCUCAGGAGUGACGUUCAAGAUCUGUGGGACAAAUCCCAAUGGGUGCGUGAAAACCUUACUUGGGAUUUUGAUGCAGACUUGCAAAUUCAAAGGCUCUGGAUGCUCGAAGUUGAUGAGAUUCUAGGAGAGGCGACUGCUUUGUUGUCAACCUACUAUGAAGCCAAAGGUUCUUGCAUACAUUUGUGGCGGUGGUACCGGCUUAAUAAUCUAGUCCUAAAUAUGAAACAAAGAAUUUCACAAUUGUACCAAGCUGGAGCAAAAUUUUAUAACCCAAUAUCCCGAACAGAACUCAUAGAUGAAAUUAUGGCUGCCCUAAAAAACCCUAGUAUUCAAACAGUUGGAGUAUGUGGGUUGGGUGGUGGAGGCACAACCACAUUAGCCAAACAAGUUGGAGAGCAAGUGAAAAAACAAGGCUGGUUUUAUGCAGUGCUCAUCAUCACUAUAGUUGAGGAGCCAAAUGUGGAACAAAUUCAAAAAGAUAUUGGAAGUGUAUUGGGUCUGCAGUUUCAUGAUGAAACUCGUGUGGAAAGAAGAAACCAAUUGCGGCAGAGAAUAAAGAAUGUGAAAAAGAUUCUUGUCUUAGUUGAUGAUAUUUGGGGAGAAAUGAGUGCUCAAAAAUUCAAUUUAGAGGAAUUUGGAGUCCCUUUAGGAGAUGAACAUAAAGGGUGUAAAUUAUUGUUAACAUCAGGGAAUUUGGAUUUUAUAAAAAAUAUGAGGGGUGAUCCUAAGGUGUUUCAACUAGAAGUGCUGCUAGAAGAUGAGGCUUUGAGUUUAUUUGAUAGGAUACUUGGAAGUGUUGCUGAAGACUCCAACACAAGAUCCUUAAAAAUGGAAAUAGUGGAAAGUUGUGCAGGUUCAGCUCUUUCAACUUCUGUUAUUGCCAAGUCAUUAAGAAAUAAGGGUCUAGGUGCUUGGCAAGAUGCCUUGAAGCAGCUCAAGCAACAUGUUCCACCAAUUAUAAUAUGCUUAAAUAGUUUACAAAGUGAAGAGCACAAAUAUUUGUUCUUACUUCUUACAAUUCAAGGAAGAAGGGCUAUUCAUAAAUCUAGGGUAUUAUUUGACAUGUGGACAGGUUUAUUUGAAAAUCUUGGAACGUUAGAGGAUGCAAGAAAUAAACUUGAUUCAUUGAUCAGUGAUCUUAUGGCCUGUGGUCUUGUGGUUGAAGAUAGAAAAGAAUGGAUUAAAAUAGUUGACAUGAUAUGGGAAGCUGCUUACUCAGUGGCUCGAAGGGUUUUACAAGCUGUAGUGAUUUCUAGAAGCUGGCCACCUUUAGAGCGGAUGAGAAUUUUCCGCUUUUGCAAUGUGACUAUUUCAAGUGGUUACCCGAUUCCCGAAAGGUUGCCAUGUCCAGCGUUGGAAAAGAUUUCGCUACAUACACAAAGUCCCUUAAUGCAGGUUCCAGAUUCCUUUUUUGAAGAGACUAAGCUUCUCAAAGUGAUGGAAUUUGUUGGUUUUGAUUGUUCAAAGUUACCAAGGAGUAUUGGUUUGUUAAAGGACAUUCAAGUAUUAUCCAUGUCUAAUUGUAAAUUGGGAGAUAUAACUAUAGUUCAGGAGCUUACAAGCUUGCAAAUGCUUAGCCUCCUAGGAAGUCGUUUCGAACAAUUGCCUAAACAAUUUGGACAGCUCCAAAAGUUGCGGCUCUUGGAUUUGAGAGAUACAUAUCUCCAAGUGAUUCCACCAAAUGCUCUAGGAAACUUGACAAGCUUAGAAGAAUUAUAUUUGAGAAACUCGUUUUCUAACUGGGAGGUUGAAAGAUCCAAAAAUGGAAAUUGUUGUGCAAGCUUGAAAGAACUAACAAACUUGCAUCGCUUGACGCAUAUAGAAGAUUUGUAUGUUCCUGAUCAUGAGGCAUGGCCAAUGGACCUUUACUUUGAAAAAUUAAAAUCAUACACAAUUUUUAUUGGCGAUGGAUGGGGGCAUUCCCAUGAUGGUGAUCAUGGGUUAAAGACCCUAAAACUCAAGUUGAACAAAAUGUUCCAAUCCGAGGAAGGGAUCAAGAAGAUGUUGAAAGUUGUUGAUGUUUUGUACUUAGAUGAAUUAAAUGGUGUUCAAAAUGUUCUCAGUGAUUUGGGUUGUGAUGGGUUUCCCUAUUUGCAUUCUCUAGUUGUACAACACAAUGCUGAAAUCAAAUGCAUAGCCAUGAGCUCAAGUCACCCUCUUGAUGAUGUUUUCCCCAACUUGGAGUCAUUGUCUCUUUACAAGCUAAGCAAUUUGGAACAUAUAUGCCAUGGCCUUCUAACUGAGAAAUCUUUCUUCAACUUAAGAAUCAUCAAAGUACACAAGUGCGAUGAAAUGUCUUAUCUCUUCUCAAAGUCAAUGAUCAAAUGUUUUCCUCAUCUUGUUGAUAUUGAAAUUUCAGAGUGCAAAUGCAUAAAGGCUGUGCUUGCUGAAUAUGUGUCUACCACAAAAUUUCCUAAACUACGCUAUCUAACCUUACAAGGACUCCCAGAAUUGAUGACAUUCUCCUAUAAUUUUCUUUAUUCUAAGAUACUUUUUGAUGGCCAGUUGUCAUUAGACAAAUUGAAGGUGCUUCGUGCAAUAAAUUUGGAUAUUGAGCAACUAUUGCAUUACAAUUGUUCCCCCAAAUUACUAUGUGAACUGGAGGAACUGACUUUGAGUGACAAUAAUAAACUAUUGAUUGCCAUAUCUGAUAGCAGCCUGAUAAUGAGAUACAACAACCUGAAAAUUUUAACUGUGGAUAGAUGUAAAUCAUUAACAACUAUUUUUUACCUUCAAGAUGAUAAACCAGAUCAAGCUAUUGAAGCAAUGUUUCAUCAACUAAUGGCAGUAGAACUAAGGAACCUAUGCAGUCUGAGACAGAUAUGGUACAUGGAUCUUAAAGUUCCAUUCUUCCAAAGUUUAAAAUCACUUCACAUUGUCCAUUGCGGUAACCUCAAGAGUGUAUUCUCACUUCCUGCUGUUAAAAAUCUGACACAACUCAAAUUACUCAAGCUAUAUAAUUGUGAGAAAUUGAUUGAGGUAAUAGAAGGCGACGAAGUUGGAAAUUUACCAAUCACUUUCCCCGAAGUAGAAUGUCUUAUACUCAAAGAUCUUCCAAACAUGGUCCAUUUUUAUGGACAGAGUAAAAGAACUUUUAAUUGCCCUAAACUACAGACGAUCAGGGUGAAGAAUAUUCGAAGUAUGGUUACAUUUUGUGACGGUCAUCUUAACACGCCUAUGCUGAGAACAGUUUCGGUAUCCUUUGUGAAGAGAUGCUGGCAUGGAGACUUGAACAAUACCAUACGUCACUUAAAUGGAUAUGCAGCUUUCAAUAAUAUAACUUUCUUUGAAGAUUCCCCUGAUGGCUUUAGCUUUAAGGACUUACAUAAUGCUUCAUAUGAAGUUCUUGGAAAAGGGAGUCUUGGAACAACAUACAAGGCUACUUUGGAUGAUGGAACAAAAGUGGUAGUGAAAAAGUUGAUAGAUCCAAGCAAGGAGAAAUGGCAGAAAUUGGCGAGUUUAAGGAGUAUGGGGCGGCACCCUAAUGUCAUGCCUCUUCAAGCAUAUUAUAAUUCUAUAGAUGAGAUGCUUCUAGUUUACCCCUACAUGCCAAGAGGCAGCUUAUUUUCCUAUUUACAUGGCAAUAAGGCUGAGAAAAAAACUCGAUUAUUAGAUUGGAAUUCAAAAGUGAACAUUGCACUUGGAGUUGCCAAGGGAAUUGCUUUCAUUCAUUCUAAGGGGGGUCCAAAUUUUACACAUGGAAACUUAAAGUCAACCAAUGUUUUCUUCACACAAAAUCUUGAUGAUGCCUGCAUCUCUGAUGUUAGAUUGACUUCUCAAAUGAAUGAUUCAUCAUCUUCUUUUAUGUCUAAAACUCUAGAAGUUACUAAUUCCAGGCAGAUCACUCAGGGCUCUGAUGUUUAUAGCUUCAGUGCGAUUCUUGUUCAAAUACUGGUUAGAGUUUUUCCGUAUAGUUUGGCUUAUGAAAGUUUUUUAAGGUUUACGUCACGGGGGCUACUUGUGUUAUUUGAUGUAGAGCUAGCAGACAUUAAUGAAGUUCAAUUGGAUCUUAUGCGUCGGAUUGUGCGUAAAUGUACAGAUGGGUCAAGCCCUAGAAUGGAAGAAGUUGUUAGAAUGAUUGAGGCAGUUAAGAAUGGAAGAAGUUCAAUUGAAUUCAAUUGAAUUCCUCAUGCGAUGACACAUGUCAAGUUGAAAAGAAUAAGACGUAGCGUGGUUAGAGACCAUCAGAAUCUCAUGCUGAAGUGAGGGUACCUUAGCUCUUUGCAAAUUCAAUGGAGGUCAAGGAGUUUGAUGUCAUCAUUGGAUUUACCCCCUAUGUUUGCAUCUUUCCCAAACUAUGCUUCUUCCUAAAUAUAGUUAAUUCAAUUUAUAGUUGAAUUGGGUUGCAAAUGUUGGAUCAUUUAUCAAUAUUGGGUUAUAUAUGUAAAUAAUUGUAAAUUAUGGAUUGCCAAUUUGUGAUACUCAUGUGAUAUUAUAAGGUAAGA